AUGGCCCACUCUUUGGACAGGUGGAUUUCCCCCGUCUUGUUCGGGGCCGUUUGCGAGGUCAAUUCUGGAGUGUUUAUGUGGAAUGGUAGAGCUUCUCCUCCCUCCGCCAGCGAGCACAUAGCUGACAACCAGACGGGCAGCCCAAAGACAGCCAAUGAGUAUUCAGACGAGACGUAUUUUGAGAUACAACGAGACACACUGCAACAGAUUGAUCUGGUUAAUCGGCUAGUCCGUGCUGAGCCCGAUAUGCUGGCACUGGUCCACUCCAGCACAGACGUAUGGGAGACAUUUAGCAAUCAGCCGGCCCGUAUCGCCAGCGUCAUGGGCAUCGAAGGCCUCCACCAGAUCGCCAACAGUGCCAGCAUUCUCCGUCUAUACCACAGGUUAGGCGUGCGAUAUGCCACACUGACACACGAAUGCCACAACGCCUUCGCCGACAGCGCCACCCCGGCCCGACCACUCCACAACGGACUGUCUGAGGCAGGACGCAUACUAGUCGGCGAGAUGAACCGCCUGGGAAUGAUUGUGGAUCUGGCGCACGUCAGCUACGAGACGAUGCUCGCCGCCCUGGACGUGACAACUGCACCUGUCAUCUUCUCGCAUUCCUCCGCCUACGCGUUAUGCCCGCAUGAGCGCAAUGUACCGGACGACAUACUCCGGAAACUGAAAAGGAAUGAUGGAGUCGUCAUGGUGAGCUUCUACCCGUCCUACACGCGGUGCGACGAUCCGGACCGCGCCACCAUUGAGGAUGUCGCCGAUCAUAUCCAGUACAUUGGCGAGUUGAUCGGCUACCGGCAUGUCGGACUGGGGUCGGAUUUUGACGGAAUGCCGGCGGGGAUCAGGGGGCUGGAAGACGUCAGCAAGUAUCCAGAUCUUAUCAGUCUCCUGCUCCGUCGGGGGGUGGGAGUUAAGGAACUGGCCGGAGUGGUUGGCGGCAAUGUUCUGCGGGUUCUACGGGCCGUGGAGGACGAGGCUGCAUCACGGGCUGACGAAUUGCCUCUCGAGGAUGAUGUGAAGCCAUUCUUCUCUUAG